CAGAAUGUAAACAAAUAACAACUACGGCGCAAGAAGAGUUGCAAAUAUUAUUAAAAUGGAUCAAAUUGCAGGAUAAGUUGGCGGCAUCAAUAUUGGCAGGUUCCUUCCAUGUCGAUGUUGAGCUUCAUCAGCAGUAGAAGUGCCGGUGGUGACUGAAAGAAAAAUCGUGACCUCGCCUUUCAAAUUGUACAUUUUCUUGUCUUUCAACAAGAAAGCGGCAUUAUGUCUCUUCUGCAUGAUCUGCUAGAUCUUCAAAUUGGAAUCGGCAACAAAAGCGUGAUUCGAAAGAGGGAGAAAAUCAUCAAAAAGCUGAUCACGUCGCCUUGCCGAGAGUUCAGGAGCACCGACUCGAUUUUCAAUCGAGGCUCCAACAUCUUUACAUUUCUCCAUUGUGGACGGCUUUUCCGCCAGAAGGAUAAAGUGGUCCAAUGUCGCAGUGCUUACCCAAAACGAAUCGACUCUGCAAAGGAAGUUUCAUUUGAACACGAACAACUUUACAACUUCUCAUACAACUUUAAGUGCAAAGACUUGGUGGUUUGGAGUCCUGACUCUCAGAUCUCCACAGAAAGACUUGUCCAGUUAGGAGAAAAGCACACCACUUCCAUUGUGUACCUGAAAGACUCACAAUUUUUGGUUCGUCAGUGCUGUCUGAGUGGAAAAAUCAAGGAAAAAGUUUUCUUGUCAAACACAAUCAAAUUCAAUGAAAUGACAACAGAUUCAGAAUCGGACACAAUUGCUCUGAAAAGUACAAAUAUGAAGGACAAGUCUAUAAAGGAUCCAGAUGCAGUCUUUGCUAUUGCAUUGUUUUCCUCUCCACCUUUAAGAUUUGUUGCAAUGUUUGAGGUGAAAAGAUCAAUAUUUGGGGAUAAAAUUCAGGACUGCGGAAUUGGGCAGGGGCUUAUUUUCAUCAGAUACACUGAUGAGCGUGUUGCUCUCUAUUCUUUAGAGACCAUUCUAGCUGAGAGUAUACAAACCAAAGUUGAGGACAUGAGCAAGAUUGAGCGCUUGAGAAUUGGCAGAGAACCUCACGGACUUCCCAUGAAUGCCGUCAUCAAAAGGAAAAUCCCUCCACUUUUUGAAAUCAACACUUGCCAGGGCGAGCUAGUCAUUGGGAGUAAUCCCUGGUACUUCAUCACCAAAACCAGUCCUAACGAGCUCCAGCUUCGUAGUUUGGACACCAAACAGUUGGUGACGACAGUGGAGUUCUCAAGAUUCUUUGCCGGGAUGGAAGUCGAGCACAUGUUCUUCCACCCUGACGACACAGCUAAAGUGAUUCACCUUCGCAACAACAAGCUCAGCAUUCACCACAUUAGCAAAAAUGGCCUUCAACCAUUCCUGACCCACGUCGAAGAGGUGCCAAAAUGUUUUACUCCGAGCGCAAGUGCCAAUGUUACAAGAUCAGGCCGGACCGUGCGCAAAAGUUUGGUGGCCCGAGAAGCUCUGGAGUCUCAGCUUUUGGAGGAAGACGGAACCCUGACCCACGAUCUAUCCAUCAGCCACGACCCCGAGUCGAACAUUUUUGCAAUCUUCGCAAUCACUUAUGUUGGACCUGAACAGUUGAAAAUGCUCCAUGUCACACUCUAUGACAAUGCAACGGGGCAGGUUUUGAGAAGAAUUCCACUCGACACGGUUCAUAAUUCCUGUCUCUUCAACGUCACAUGCAAUCUGACUCUGGAUGGUGUCAACAUGCUGGCCGAGGUGAGAGACAGAACUUGCAUGCACGGCACAUUGCUCAACUUGGUCGAAAACUUAUAAAGUUAAAAUUCUUCAGCAACUUCACAAGACUGUCCUAACUUAUAGUAUAAAAAUAUUGAACUUGACAAAUUCUGAAUCAAUUUACAAAAUUUAGAGCUUAAUUCAUCUCAAGUAAAUAUCCCUUGCAACAUGAACUAGGGACUGACUAAAAAGAAAAGUCAAUUCGCACCUUCGUCCCGAAUCUGACGGCGUGGAUCAUAAUGGUGCGGAAGUAAACUUUGACCGCCGCCUGCACUACUCGUAUGAUUAUAAAACUUAUGUUUUUUUUUUUUUUUAAUUUUUAAUGUGUCUUAAAAAUGUUGGCAAUCAAGCGUGUUUUGAAAGAGAAACACAAAUUAUUGCUGCAAAUUGCGUUCUCAACUUUUUUUGUUUCCUUAUUUUAUAAAACUUGCCAGGGUUUGACCAGAAAACUAAAUCCAUUAAAGAAAGUCAAUGAAAAUCUUUUCUCAUU